AUGGCCCCGGAUAUAGGCGCCGCAACGCGCAGCGGCGCACCGGGCGACGCGCAGAGCGUGCACCGGGUGACGAGCAGCCCGCAUGACCGCGCGACUAUAAGCAGUGGAGCCCGGGCGACGAGCAGCGUGCGCUGUUGGCGACACGCAGCACACGCUCCUUUCUCCCCCUACUUCCCUUCCUUUCCGCCCGCGCUUCCCCUCCUUUCCCCCCCCCUGCUUCCUCUCCUUUCCCCACCUGCUUCCCCUCCUUUCCCCCCCUGCUUCCCCUCCUUUCCGCCCCUGCUUCCCCUCCUUUCCGCCCCUUCUACCCCUCCUUUCCGCCCCUGCUUCCCCUCCUUUCUGCCCCUUCUUCCCCUCCUUUCCGCCCCUGCUUCCCCUCCUUUCUCCACCUGCUUCCCCUCCUUCCCCCCCUGCUUCCCCUCCUUUCUGCCCCUGCUUCCCCUCCUUUCUGCCCCUGCUUCCCCUCCUAUCCGCCCCUGCUUCCCCUCCUUUCCAUCCUUGAUUCCCGUCAUUUCCAGCCCUCUCCUUCCCCUAAUUUCUCCCUCUCAUUUCCUUCAUUUUCCUUGGCUUCUUGCCCUGUUCCUCUCCACCCCCUUACGCCCCUCCCUUCCCUCUCCUCCCUCUUCCAAUGUCCCCUUGUUCAUUAUGGUCACCCCUUGCUUACUCUUCCUUUCCCCCGUGCUAGCCUUCCUCCCCCCUGCUCACCCUUCCUAA